UUUUUUUCUUGCUUUUUCUUUUUUUCCGCCCUAGAGCGGUGCGCAAUGCUAUCUCACGCCGACCUCCUGGAUGCUCGCCUCGGUGAGUUAACAUCACCAAACUCCGGUCUUCAACUCUACUGGAUGAAGGAUGCCGCCGCGGAGCUGCUGGGCCACAGGGAGGCUUUGAAGUGCAGGCUCGGCGGCGGUGGAGCCGACCCGGGCCACGCCGGGGAGCUCGGCCCGGGGCCGGACGGCGUGGAGGGAGCGACCAUGCUCCCCGGGGAUGACAUCAGCAGCGGCGGAGGCUCCAAUGCGGUGCAGGUGAACAGCAAGGAGCAGGAGAAGCAGCACCAGCAGCAGCAGAGCGGCAACGGUGGCAGCAACAACAACCCCAACCAGUCCAACCAGCAGAGCCAGAAACAGAAGCGGCACCGGACGCGCUUCACUCCGGCGCAGCUCAACGAGCUGGAGCGCAGCUUCGCCAAGACGCACUACCCGGACAUCUUCAUGCGGGAGGAGCUGGCUCUGAGGAUCGGCCUGACGGAGUCCAGAGUCCAGGUCUGGUUCCAGAACCGUCGUGCCAAGUGGAAGAAGCGCAAGAAGACCACCAACGUGUUCCGAGCUCCGGGGACGCUGCUGCCCACGCACCACGGCCUGCCCCAGUUCCCGUCCGCCGCGGCCGCUGCGGCGGCCAUGGGCGACAGCCUCUGCUCCUUCCACGCCAACGACACCCGCUGGGCCACGGCCGGGAUGCCGGGCGUGUCCCAGCUGCAGCUGCCGCCCGCCCUGGGCCGCCAGCAGGCCAUGGCGCAGUCCCUGUCCCAGUGCAGCCUGGGCGCGGGGCCGCCGCCCAACUCCAUGGGGCUGUCCAACAUGUCGUCCAACGGCUCCGGCCUGCAGUCACAUCUGUAUCAGCCCACUUUCCCCGGAAUGGUCCCCGCGUCCCUGUCCGGUCCCUCAAACGUGACCGGCUCGCCCCAGCUGUGCAGCUCUCCGGACAGUGACAUGUGGCGGGGGACGAGCAUCGCGUCGCUGCGCCGCAAAGCGCUGGAGCACACAGUAUCCAUGAGCUUCACCUAGUGACGGCGCCCGGAGCCUUUCCUUCAUACCAGUUCUCAUCCAUGCAGCUCAUCCGAACACUUCACCGGGAUACUUGUUGAAUUCUCAAACUUGCAGCUGCGCACUUGGCAUUUUUAUGCCGCGUUCCAUUUGUCCUCGGAAGUGGGGAUUUCCCAGUUCCCAGUCGGAAUUUUCAACUGGAACGCCCCUCGAAAUGGGAUUUCCCACUGGGAAAGUGGGAGAGUCUUCACCACCCCCGAGUUCACAUUCCAAGAUGGCUGCCCCGGUUGUAAACAGUAGAAGAGAGCUCUGUAAAAAUUCGUAGCACUUCAUUCUAGUUUUGGUCACACUAAAUCAGUCGUAUACAAGUAUUGUUCGGCAUAUAUAUGCUGCUACAGUGUAAUUUACAUUUUUUUAUGUGGUAUAUGCGAACUACAAACUGGUUUACCUACUUUGUAACUGGAACGCUGAUAACUCGGCUGUGACGUCAUUCCCAGUUUCGAGUUCCGACUUCCGAGGUAAAUGGAACGCAGCAUUAUUCUCCAAGCCCCACAAACACGAAGUGGGGGCUCUUCACCAGGCCUGUUGGCCUUUAUCAACCAUAGGGCUGGUUCCGUUUAAAGCUAUAAUUUAUUAUUUCGCAUGUAGCUUCUGUCGAUUAUUUAUUUGUCUAUUAAAAAAAAAGAAGAAGCACUUAUUGGUUUGCUCCGUCUUUAUUUAUGCGGCACACCGAGGCAGCCUUCACUGCUGCGGGGCUUACAGUGACAUUUGCUUGGUGACUGAUGGUUGAAGAGAAACUCCGUGGAUGUUUUUAAACACAACGAAGACGCACGUUCACCUCCAAACAGCCAAAGCGCACUCUGACCAGACUCGUGGAGGUUAAAAAAAACUUGAAAACGUGAACGUUUCAUUCGGAGGAGAGAACAAAACUGAUCCCACAGGAAUCACAUGAAGAAAAAAAUAAUUUGACUGCAUGUGCUGUCAAAAGCAAAAAAAACAAAUAAAAAAGGGGUAAAUACGAUGAAUUCAGUCAUAAAAAUCUGACUUAACUAUAAUAAUCUGUUAUAUAGGAUGUUUUGUGUAGCGGAAGCACUCUUGUUCCCAUUUGGUCAGUUUGUGAUAACUUCUGUUUCCAGAACUCUGUCUGUGCUUAUUAUCAAAUAUGCCUUUCUUAAAUGUUUGAACCAUUUUUGUUUCAGUGUAAAUGAUAAAAUAAAGUCAAUUUUCA